AUGAUGGAAGCAAACAAAGUUCUUCAUUUUGUGCCAUCCGAGGCUCCCUCCUCGGGGAUGGCAAAGAAUGGAUACUUCUAUCAGGAGAUGGAACAGAGGGAGAGAGAAGAACACGAGGAGGGGAGCGAGGAGAGAGAGGAGGGCCAGGACUCUCCCAUCCCAUCAGGAGAUGACAUUCAUCUCUACGGCAGCCAGACACACCAAGGAGGGCCAGAAACUGAUGUCCAUGGCUGUGUGCUGCUUAACACGUCUCGAAGGUACGUCAAGCUGAUGAACUUCGAAGAAGAAGUGCGUGCUCACAGAGAUCUGGAUGGCUUUCUGGAGCGGGCCAGUAUCCUCUUGCAUGAAGACGAGGCGUCUCUGGACGACGUGCUAAAGACAAUGCUCCGCCACGUCUCGCAGGACCCUCACACCGCUGAGCCCGGCUGCAACUUUGAGGAGAUCAUGAGCUCCCUCUUCACAGACGCUGGUUCACAGGAAGUCAAUGUGCAUCUAUUGUCAGAGACGCUGCAGUGUGUGACGGCCACAGCCACGGGGAUCCAGUACCAGCAGUCCUGGCUUUGCAUCCUCUGUAAUGUGAAGAACCUGCAGAGGCGGCACGUGUGUAUCUCACGUCUGGAUCGGCCGCAGAACUGGGGGGAAAACUGCGCUGAGGUCCGUUACGUCAUCCUCAUCCUGGCACCUUCAAAGAUGAAAAGCACUAAGACAGCGAUGGAGCUGGGCAGGACGUUUGCCAGCAUGUUCUCCGACAUCUCCUUCAGACAGAAGCUGCUAGAGAGUAAAACUCAAGAGGAGUUCAAAGAGGCGCUGGUCAUCCAGAGGUACCACCUGACUGCUGCCAAGCGUAAAACCACGGCUGUGGAGGGCGAAGAGACAGACCCACACAGUCAAAAACCACUGAAGGUGUGUGCGCAUCGCAGCGUGAGCAGCAUGCUUGAGGUUC